AUGGAUUGCAGUGCUCAGUGCCCACAAAGUCAACUGCUGGCCAUGUCGUUCUGUUUGCAGUUAUCGCUGCUCCUGUCCGUUCAGGGCAUCCUGGGGCAGAUUCUAUAUCCGCCACAGUACACUACAAAUCGGAUUGUGGGCGGAGAGGAAGCGGCUGAGGGACUGGCACCCUAUCAGAUAUCCCUUCAAGGCAUGAAGAGCGGGCACCAUUCGUGCGGUGGUGCCAUCAUCGAUAAGCGCUGGAUUGUCACCGCGGCGCACUGUGUGAUUGGCAAAGAAGCUUCCGCGUUCCGCGUGUUAACUGGCACGCAGAAUCUGCAGCACAAUGCCUCCAGAUUGUACUAUCCGGACAAAAUUGUCAUGCACUGCAACUACAAGCCGCGGAUGUAUCGCAAUGACAUAGCGCUGCUCCGUUUAAACGAGUCCAUUGUAUUCGACAACGCCACACAGCCAGUGGAGUUCGAUCAUGAACCGCUGGCGGCCGGCGAGAAGCUGCUGCUCACCGGCUGGGGAACCAUGUCGCUGGGCGGCGACGUGCCUGUCCAGCUGCAGAGCCUCGAGGUGAAAUAUGUGCCCUUCGAGGAAUGCCGUGCGGCCCACGACAACAGCAGCCGUGUGGACAUCGGACAUGUGUGCACGUUCAACGACAAGGGGAAGGGCGCCUGCCAUGGGGACUCAGGGGGCCCGCUCGUGCACAACGGCAAGCUGGUGGCGCUCGUCAAUUGGGGCCUGCCGUGCGCCCGAGGUUAUCCGGAUGCGCAUGCCAGCAUUGCGUACUAUCACGACUUUAUACGCACACAUCUAAGUGGUUGCCAAAAAGAUGGCGACGGCACUAAGACGGAAUGCGAAGCUGAACAGGAAUGA